CAGGCUGAGCCGCUGGCUGAGUGGCACCAUGCAGCUUCGAGUCUCUCUCUCGUUUCUCCUGAUUCUCACUCUCUGCCGAGAGCUUCGAUCAGAACUAAAUAAAGACAAUAUCAAGGAUCUCCUCCCAAGAGUAUGCCGUUUUCCUGUGGAAAAAAGCAUUUGUCGAGCCUACUUUAUCCGAUGGUUUUUCAACUCUGAAACUGGUGAAUGUGAGUCAUUUGUUUACGGAGGCUGCAGAGGCAACGGCAACAACUUUUCGAACAAAGAAGAAUGUGAGAAAACCUGCAAGUUCACCUGA